GGCUGUAGGGGAGUCUAUUACUAGCAAAUCCUACCAUUGUUUUGUUGAUGGUUCCUUGUCAACUAUAAAAGGGAGUUGCACUGUGGUUAUGGACUUCACUGACUUCUGUUUCCAUUCUUAUUUCUCCUACAUGGAUGAGUUGAGAGAAAUGGUUUCCGCCGAUGCUAAACCUUUAGAGAUAAGGUUGUCUCUGGUGCCUAGUUGUUUGCUUGCUGGUCUCAUAGGUGUGGUGAUAGAUGGUGUUUUGAUAACAGUUGUUGCUCUUUAUAAAAGUCCAUAUAUGUUGCUCAAAGGAUGGAAAAGGCUAUUAGAAGACCUUGUUGGUAGAGAAGGCCCUUUCUUGGAGACUGUCUGUGUUCCAUUCGCAGGUCUUGCGAUAUGUCUGUGGCCACUGGCUGUCGUUGGAGCUGUUAUAGCCUCGGUCUUCUCCAGUUUCUUUCUAGGACUCUACAGUGGAGUCAUCGUUCAUCAGGAGGACUCAUUCAGAAUGGGGUGUAAUUAUAUAAUAGCAGCGGUAUCACUGUUUGACGAAUACGUAAAUGAUUUACUCUAUAUAAGAGAAGGAACUUGCCUCCCAAGGCCUUGCUAUAGGACGAAAACAAACACUGGUCAUGGGAAGAAAGUAUUAGGAGAGAGGAAGAACGUUGAUCUCAAUAGCAGAAUAAACAACUCUAGGCUUGUUUCAGAACAGUCGAGGACACUGAAAAAAGCGAUCACGCUAUAUAAACCAGUUCAGUCUUGCGAGGUGAAUGGGAGGAUCCUUAUUCGAGAUAGCUUGGUAAAUGUGAAAGAUGUAGAGCAAUGUCUUGUCAGGGGUAAUUGUAAGAAGCUCUUUAUCCAACUACCCGCUUGGACCGUGCUACAAUGUCUCCUUGCAUCGGCUAAAUCUGACUCAACGGGGUUGGUGAUCACUGAUGGUGUGGAGCUUACGGAACUAAACAGCCCGAAAGACAAAGUGUUUGUGUGGCUCAUUGGGCCUUUACUGACAAUGAAGGAGCAGAUAAAGAACCUGAAGCUGACUGAGGAUGAAGAGUAUUGUCUAAGGAAAUUGGUAAUGGUAUGCAAAAACGAAAGAACCGAGGACUGGGAUAGCACCGGGUUCCCCUCGAGUGAUUCAGUGAGGAAAGCACAAUUGCAGGCUAUAAUUAGAAGGCUGCAGGGAAUGGUAGCAUCGAUAUCAAGAAUACCGACGUUUCGUCGUAGAUUCAUGAACUUGGUCAAAGUGUUGUACAUAGAAGCCCUUGAAGUGGGUGCGUCUAAAAACCGAGCUGAUGGCAUUCUUAUAACCGAGAGAGACCAAACGCAAAAGCUGGAUGAGACCGCAACAACAGAUUUGGAAGCUGUAUAAAUAGUUUCCGGUAUCUCAUCAUUUCUUCUUUUUAUUUUCCUUACACUUCAGUAAUUAUAAGGUGGGCGUUUCCCAGUAACAAAAAUGAAAAAAAAGGAGUGUUUCCCGCAAUUCCUGUAUAUUAAAUUCUCCUAGCUUUUGUGGUUUUGAUGUUUUAAAUUCCGGUACGUUCCGAUCGAUAUACAAUACUGGAUUGUUUUUUAUAAAAGUUUUUUUUUAAUGAA